AUUUCCUUGUCUGGGAAGCAAUGAAGCCAGGUAAACUAAGCUUGGAUGCUUGAAAGAAUAGUCUUGCAAUUCCUUCUUUUAAUAGAUAUGGCGUGAUAAAUCAAGCAUGUAAUUUUGCAUUCCUUCUUUUAAUCACUUUGAGCAAACUGUUUAGCUACUUGAAGGAUAAGUGGAGGAGAUGCAAUUGCUGAUUGAUGUUACAGAGGAACUUCAGAAUAAGGCAGAUACUUCGAUGCAGAAUAUCCUAUGGAACAAAAGAUCAAUCUACAAGGUACCUGCAUCUGUCACAGCCCUGAACAGAGCAGCCUACAGGCCCCAAACAGUGUCCUUUGGGCCUUACCAUUCCUACGACGAUCAGCUAAAGCCAAUGGAGGACCACAAACACCGAGCUCUUUAUUAUUUUCUAAGGAGAUCAGGAAAAUCUCUAGAGCUAUUUCUCCUCUCUUUAAAUGAAGUGGUGCAGGAUUUAAAGGAUUCGUACGAUCAGCUUGAUAAAUCAUGGAAUGAUUGUACGGGCAAAUUUCUGCAACUGAUGGUUCUUGAUGGAUGUUUCAUGCUGGAAAUUAUGCGCCUUGCUAUUCAACCAUCGAAUGACUAUGCUGCUGAUGAUCCAGUUUUUAGCAUUCAUGGGAGUGUCUAUGUGGCGCCAUUUAUCAGGCGUGACAUGUUGAUUGUUGAAAAUCAGUUACCAAUGCUUGUUCUAUACAAGCUGGUUGCCACUGAAAGCGAUGGGGAGAAGAAUGAAGAGUUCGUCAACAAGCUCGUACUCACCUUUUGUCACCCCAACGCGAGUAUCUCAACGUGGGGUAAAUGCUUGCAUGCAUUGGAUUUAUACAGGAAGAGCCUGCUUCGGGAAGACCCCAACAGGAAAAGGCGUCACCACAGAGGAUGGGGUGGACUGCAUAAAGAUGUCGAUGGUGUUGUCCGAUCUGCAACAGAGAUCAAUGAAACUGGAAUCCAGUUCAAGAAAAGUAAAACUAGAAGCCUGAAAGAAAUUUCCUUCCACCAUGGGGUCCUUGAGCUCCCUGUCAUCGUGGUGGAUGAUGUAACUGAGACGCUAUUUUUGAAUUUGAUGGCCUUUGAGCGCUUCCAUGUCGGUGCAGGAAACGAGGUCACAUCUUAUGUCUUCUUCAUGGACAACAUCAUCGACAAUGAGAGGGAUGUUGCUCUCCUGCACUCAAGAGGGAUCAUCCAGAACGCUAUUGGAAGUGACAAAGCUGUUGCUAAACUGUUCAACUGUCUUUCCAAGGACAUUGCAUUGGACCCGGACUGCAGCCUAGAAUUGGUGAACAAGCAGGUCAGUGCCUACUGCAAGGAGCCUUGGAAUGCCUGGCGCGCCAAUCUUAUCCAAACGUAUUUAAGAAAUCCAUGGGCCAUUCUAUCUCUUGUUGCUGCACUCAUCCUUUUUGCGCUCACAAUUGCGCAGACGGUAUACAGUCUAAUAGAAUUCUAUGAAGAAGGAUCUCCAUCACCCUCUCCUCCUAUGGUUUCGUCACCACUCCCUAUUCCUCCUCCCACUUUUCCUCCUACGCUCUACCUAAAUUUGCAUGGCCGUUGA